AUGAAACGAUUGGUGUCUUCCGCUCUCCGCGGCACCGGGGCACCUUGCCCCCUGUCCGUGGCGUCCCUGCCGCGGCUGUUCAGCGGCCCCUCGGUCGGCGUCUGCUUCUGGCCCCGGAGAAGCGCUGUCGUCAACGACCCAGCGCACGGGAGGCAUUGGCGGACGGCAGGCCAGCUUUGGAAGCAGUGCAGAUGUGCCGUAGAACUUGAGGUUCGACAUUUCAGUGACCAUCAACCUGCAUCAGGCACAGCCCAUGCAAGAAACAUUGGUGUUUUGGUUGUCGAUUUUGAUAACACCCUCACAACAGGAGACACGACAGUGAACUUGAUAGCUGCAGUGAUUGCAGCGGCAGGCCAGAGACUAGGUGGCACACCAGAGGAGGAGGACAGACUAGUGCAAGAGAGGAUGCAAGUGCUGAGGGGGGCAGCAGAGGCUUAUCAAGCAGCUUUGGAUGCUUUAAUAGAAGAUCUGAUCUCUCAGUUCAGCACUGCGAAGGGGAAGCCAGAAUUCGACAUGGGUACAGUGCGCAAUAUGUGUGUCAAGCUGUCUGAGCAUGAUCGCUAUUGGUGCCAGCGCACCAUCGACACCGGAAUCUUGAAAGGGGCACGAAGGGAGGAUGUUGAAGAAGCUGCUGUCCGUGGAGUCACACUCUGGGAAGGGUGCUUGGACGUUCUUGGAAGGGCAAGGCAAAAGGGAUGGGGAGUGCGCGUGCUGUCCCAGAACUGGUCGGCACAUUUGAUAAAGUCGAUGUUGGGUGACGAUGCAGCAAUCCCUGAAGGGAAGGCAGACGCGGCCAGAGAUGCGAUUCUGAUCACCUCAAAUGAGCUGGCAUAUGAAAGUGAAAUCACAACAGGAGAUGUUACAAGAGUGGUGGAGUGUGCUGAUGACAAGGGCCAGGUGUUUGACAACAUGUUGUUGGAGGAAAUGUCAAGGGAAGGCAGAGACCCUCAUAGUUUGUCUGUGUACAUUGGAGAUGGUCCUGGAGAUAUCCUACCAUUGCUGGCGGCCGACUUCGGCAUUGUGUUCAACAAGAACAAGACCAUGGGGGACAUUCUCCGGACUCUGUGCAUAGAAAUCAAGCCAUUGACCGAAGCACCGAUGGAUCCCAAACUCCAGGGUGACAUGCCUGUGCUGUACGAGACGGCUUCAUGGCAUGAUAUCAGUGUAUUCUUGUAUGGUCCUGGUAUGAACAUGCCAGCACAGGAGCCAGAUCCACCAAUAUCUGUGCCGAGGGUCUUAAUAGUGGCUGGCUCUGAUUCUGGUGGUGGGGCUGGAAUACAGGCUGAUAUAAAGACUUGCCUCAUGAAUGGCGCCUUUGGAUGCGUGGCAGUCACUUCCUUGACAUUUCAGAAUACACAAGGCAUUGAAGGGGCUCACAACGUCCCAACAGAUGCGAUUGAAGCUCAAAUCGAUGCAGUGCUGUCAGAUAUUGGUGCAAAUGCUGUCAAGACUGGUAUGCUGCCCACUGCAGAAGUUGUAGAACUGGUGGCCCGCAAGGUUGCGGAAUACAAGAUAGAGAGUCUGGUGGUUGACCCUGUCCUGGUGUCCACUAGCGGGCAAUCUUUGGCAGAGAACGAUGUUGGAGGCGCCAUUCGUGAAGCCCUUAUGCCACUUGCAACGGUGGUGACCCCAAAUGUGCCUGAAGCCGAAGCUCUUUUGGGAGGGCGAACUAUCAGAAGCGUGGAUGACAUGGAAGUUGCAGCUCGUGAACUUCAUGAAUUCGGCCCCAAAUACGUCUUAGUAAAGGGUGGCCACUUGGUGUCCAACGCUCAAAAAUCAAGCCACAGUGGGUUGGAGGUUGUCGAUGUACUUUAUGAUGGAAACACGAUUCUGCAUCUACGGCAGCCAGCUAUCAUGACAGGCAACACCCAUGGAACAGGAUGCACUCUUGCGUCAGCCAUUGCAUCUGAGCUGGCGAAAGGUGCAAGUCCAUGCACGGCGGUUGAAAAUGCCAAGGAAUACAUCACUGACGUCUUGAAAAGCAGCAAAGGCAUUAGAACAGGCAGGGGUGCGCAGCAGCCCUUGAACCAUGGCUCCGCCAUUGUUGAUUGGGGUGCGCAAGUCAGAAAGCCGAGUGUUCAGCUGAGGGACCUGAGGUUGUAUGCAGUGACGGACAGCCGAAUGAAUAGGAAGCGGAACAGGUCCAUGACCGAGGCUGCCUCUCUCGCCAUCUCUGGCGGGGCUUCCAUAAUUCAGCUCCGUGAGAAGGCAAUGCCCACCCAAGAAUUUGUGACCAUGGCCAGGGACGUCCUCGCUGCUGCGCGUCCAAGGGGCGUCAAGGUCGUCAUUAAUGACAGGGUGGACGUUGCCCUGGCCGUUGAUGCCGACGGGGUGCACGUGGGGCAGGAAGACAUGCCUGCAGCGGACGCUCGGCGGUUGCUUGGCAAGGGGAAGGUUCUCGGCGUGUCUGCCAAGACUGUGGAACAGGCGGUCAAGGCGGAAGAGGACGGGGCCGACUAUGUAGGCGCUGGUGCAGUGUUCCCAACCAGCACGAAAGAGAGCAGUGUGAUCGGCUUGGAGGGCUUGCGUGACAUCUGCUCAGCCGUGUCCAUCCCCGUGGUGGCGAUCGGAGGGGUGGCGGCGGACAAUGCCCUUUCCACCGUGUUGGCGGGAUGCAAAGGGGUCGCCGUCGUGUCUUCGUUGUUCGAUGUCGGGGACCCACAGGCAUCUGGGCGAGCAAUUCUUGCGUUGGUGAAUCUGGGGUUGGAGAAGGGGUAG